CGCUGCUGCCCCCGAUAACGCUGCCCCUGGCCGAGCGGGGGCUGGGUGCUGCCAGUCUGAGCCUGACGCCCUGCGGAGCAGACGCAGACAGCGCCAGUGUCGCGAUGAGCCGCUCCCCGCUGACCCUCCUUGUCGUCCUCGGCCUCCUCGGGGGCUGCGCCGGCAAGCUGGCGGUGGAGACGGAUGCCUCCCCGGUGCGAGCCAAGGUGGGGGACGACGUGGUGCUGAAGUGCCAGUUCUCCGUGGCGCAGCCGCCCGUGGACCUGAGCCAGCUGGUGGUGCAGUGGUUCCACCGGGGCGGGCAGCUGGUGGAGUUCGACAACGUGGUGAGCGGGAGCCGGCCGGGCGCCAACCUGAACGUGGAGGGGCUACGGAGCGGCAACGCUGCGCUCUACCUCAGCAAGGUGACCCCGGAGAGUGCCGGCAACUACCGCUGCUACGUCACCUAUGCGCCCGACGUGCGCAUCAAACAGGUCGUCCUCCAAGUCGAGGGUAAGGUGGCCGGCCCGCCAGGGGGCCUGUUAUGGGUCAUGCCAUGGGUUGUGCAUGGGUCCUGCUAUGGUCGAGCCAUGGGGCCUGCCAUGGGGCCCGCCAGGGUUGUGCCAUGGGUCCUGCUAUGGGCCAUGCAUGGGGCCCUGCCAUGCAGUCCUGGCAUGGGGUCCUGCCACGGGCCCUGUCAUGGGUCGUGCUAUGGGUCAUGCAUAGGGCCCUGCCAUGGGGUCCUGUCACAGGCUGGCCAACACUCCCCUUGCUCUCCAUAGAGCUGGGAGCUCCCACCCACAGCCAGUGCACCCGCUCCAUUCCCCGGCCCCCGGACAG